UGUAGGGAGGGGAGAGAGAGUUGAUUGAAGAAGAAGGUGUAAGGAGUAGAAAGAGGAAUAGAGAGAAGAAAAAAAUAAAGGAAUAGUGAGAGGAGUAGAGAGAGGAAGGCAGCUGUAAGUAAGUAGCACAAUACAAACGACUUGUCAACAUUCUUCUUUUCUUUCCCCUCUCUCUGUCUCUCUCUCCCCCUCUGUCUAUCUAUGUGUCUUUCUCUCUCCCCGGUUCUGCCCUUCGGUCGGCGUGACAACGGACCUUGGUGGAUUUCUUCUCAAUGUUGGAUUUCUUCAGAGUUUCUGCUCCUCAUUGCAAUGGCUUUGGACACUGGAUUUCUAUCGUUCUCACAUAGGAUGUUGGACGGAAUUAAAGAGGCUCUAAAGAACGUUUCAAAAUAGAGCUAAGAAGGCCAAAAGGGCAAGUGUUUAGGCCAUAGUCAUCACCAAGCCUAGGAAACAGCACACAACAGCAGGUUUUAUUGGAUAAGAAUGGCAUCUUGAUGAUGGGCCAAAGUCCCUCCGCAGACCAACCAAAUAUCUUGGGAAAUCACACUACAGCUAACACCACGGCAAAUCAAACCAGUAUCGAAUCGGAUAAUUCGCACACUGAGCUGAAAGCCCAGCUACAAUGCGAUGGCAAAGGCAUGAAGACUUGUUUAGAACUGGUCUUAUCGAUGAAAAAUGGUAAAUCUGCCAAUGUGGAACCAUCAACGGAUACCGAUGAACAAAAGCAGUCAAAACAGAAAGGUGAAAAUUGGGUCAAAGAAACUGAUUCUAAUCAUGGCCCAGAUGCUAAAUCAACAGAGGAGCAGCAACAGCAGCAAUCAGUGGCUUCAAAGACUUCAUCACCAAACAGUUGUGAGAAGGAAGCAACAGAUAUGAAACUUGGAAAAUCUGAUUCAGCUAAUAACCAGAACAAACCAAAGUUUUCAGAUGAUACCAAAAGACUUGUGUUCAAUAAAAAUGCUAAUCUACAUGAUGCAAUUGGGGCUCUAAUACGUAACUGUAUUACAGAAACAAGCUUUCCACAUGACGAUGUCCAAGAUAACCAACUGGAGAACAGACAAAAUAAAGAAGUGUCUUCUGCUGGCAUCUUGCCAGAAAAAAAGAUUUCAAUGAAUGCUUCCUCUUAUAAAAAUUAUGAAUCAAAUGUUGACAAUUCCUGGAAAUCUUCAGGCAGCUAUUAUUCUGACCAUGGCCAGUCUGUGUCUGCUGGAAACAGACAUGGACAGGAUUUUGAAUGCAUCGAAACUGUUGCUCCAACUUCCAAGUCUUGGAGGGGUUCUGGUGAGAUUGCCCGGAAUGGCAACCAACCCUCAAAACAGAUGUCAAUCUCUCCAAGAUCUGACAUGAUACAUAAAGAAAAAAUAUAUUCUUCAACAGAAACAUCUGUAAAAACUUGUGGAUCUCACGCAAUAAAUACCAGUGGACAAAGUGUUGUCCAGUUACAGGCAUUCAUUGAUAAAUGUCUUGAAAAUACGUGGCAACAACAAAAAGUAGGUGUCAGUGAAAAGUUAAAUGUUAUCGGUAAAGGUCAGUUUUCUUACAACAACAACGAGCAACUGGGAGAUCAAUCCCAGCUUCACACUUCAAAUGGCCAUCUAGAAGAAAUUUGUUAUCCAGCAGAUAGAAACCACCAUUCACAGCAACUUUACCACCAAAACACACAGUCUGCUUUAGGAUACUUUACUGAUCGCAAUGGACUUGAUCCUACUCUGAGGAAAGACAUAAAUGAUGGAAAAUAUAUUAAUCCGUAUCAACUUAACCAGAAAAAUGUCAUGGAAAGUGUGCGACAACAACAACAGCAACAACAACAACAUUACUAUUCCACAAAUGAAAUGUCCGCUAUGGCACCGCUUAGUCAUUCUUACCCCAAUAUGACUAACCAAAUUCAUUCUGGUUCAGUUAAACAAAACCAACACAAUACCAGUGAUGGAUUUGAGAGUGCUUUUGAUGCCAAAGAGCUGAUAAAUAAAAUAUCAUGUCAAGCAAGGGCUAUCAAUAAGUUUUUCAGCAACUCUGGUGAACCAACUGAACUAUCUUACCACCAUCCUGCUAAGAUGGCUCCCCAUUUGGCUAUGAAAGUAGUUGAUUCCCAUGUUGACUAUGCAAGUAAAAACCGAGGUAUGCACUCCCCAGCUAGUAGUCCAUCUCAGGGGAUGAACCGAAGUCAAGAGAACCCAGUAGCUAGUCUGCAGAAUCACAAGCAACGGAUCAUCUCUGAAGAACGUAGUGCUAGUUUUGUUGAACGGUUGAAUCAUGCUACAGUUGGUAAAGAACAGCCUGCUAUUCUAUCACCCUACCGACAAUCUAAAGAAGACUCUACUAAUUUAACUGAUAAUCAACAAAGAAUUGCUCGCAUGCACAGUGGACAUUCCAGUUCUGAUCUAAUGCUUAGAGGAGCACAAUCUCAUUCACUACCUGUGUAUGGUGCAAAAGAUCAUGCAGCUGAACGUUUGGCAUAUUAUCAAACAUCUCCAGUUAUUACACCCUCAACAAAUAAUAAUAGUGGUGUUAGUGGCAGUAAUUCUUCUAGUGUUAGUACCCAGUCAAAAUCAAUGGAACGGAUUCUGCCAUUAUCAGCACAACAAACUCCAUACAUGCACACACCUACAGGUGUGAUAAAAUGGGAUGACCCUGUUGGUCUGAAUGCACGUUAUCAUCAGAUCUCCCCUUCAGCUGGACAGAAUGUCAAAAUGAGGACUGGUGUCCAUGGUCUUCCGAGUCCACAAGAGGGAGAUUAUAUUAAUGGAGUUUCCAUUUCAAAAACUCAUUCGCCUCGCACUCAUUCUAAUUCAUCACAACUUGGGGGUAUGGUCACAUCUUCUUUCCUGUCUUCAUCUUCAACCCCAUUAAUUCCCCAGAAAGACAAUCCUAACCCCAUUUCCACCAACACUAAGCUACCAUCUCUUUAUGUUGAUACUUUAAAUAAUACUGCUGCAGCAAAUACCUCAGCUCUACGUUCAGCAAAUCCUGCAGGCACAUCAGUUCCACAGCGAAGACAUACUGUUUCUGAUAUUGCAAACUAUUCUUCCGAGCCUACUAAACUAGCUUCUACUAGCUUGCGGCCUCUGUCAGCCCCUGAUGUUGCUGUCAUCUCAUCCAACUCUUUAACAAUUUCUGGUAUUCCUCAUGCUACACGAACUGAGCCAGAGAAUGUACUUGACCUCUCGGUGAAGUGCAAGGCUCCAAAUGCAUUGGAAAGUACUGCACCCAAUGCCAACCUUCCUGCUGUUUCUGCUGUUGCUAGUGCAACUUCUAAUUCCCAGUCUGUUUCCAAUCAAGACCACCCCCUUGAUUUAUCCAAAAAGAAAUCUGAAGAACAGCUGUAUAUGGUGGGAAGUGGUAAAGGAAGAGAGAUGGUCUCUCCAGGAGGUAGUUUCCAUCCUGGGACAGUAGGGAAAUCCGUUCCAGCUAAUAUUUUAUUGAAACAUUUAGAGUACAGUGUACAGAAGUAUUGUAGUAAUAUUGGUAACUCAAGUGGAGAGAGAAUUACUACUGCAGCUACACAGCAUUCCCUACACCAUCCAGUACAACAACAACAUCAACAACAACAACCAUCACCAAGUCAAUCUCAGCAUUAUCCACUCCACCCACACCACCAACAGCAGCAGCAGCAGCAGCAACAACAACAACAACAAAGUCCGCACACACAACACUUACAUCUUGGUUAUCAAAAGCAAGCACUGGCUUCUCCACAAAUGAUGCUAUUGUCUCAACAAUCCCGUAACGCAGACAUGGUGUUACACCCUCAAGGUCAAUAUAUCGGACGUAAAGACUUGCAACAACACGGUUACCUGAGUCCAGAUGGUUCUAGGCACCCCUCACAACAAACAUACCCAGUUUUCCGACAGCCUACACUUCCAGCUCUUUCUACAAAAGCUGUAUCCCAUAUAUCCCAGCAGCAGCAGCAACAACAACAGCAACUACAACAGCAGCAACAACAGCAGCAACUACAACAGCACCAUCCACAACAACAGCAACAGACUUCUCAAUUACAACAACAGCAACAGCAAUCUCAAUUACGGCACCAACCACCACAACAGUCUCAACAACAACAGCAACAGCAACAACAAACCCACCUCACUAACACUCAGCAACAACAAAAUGUUGUUGUUCAUCAAACCCAAUCAACUAAUGCAGCUUCACACAAUGUCAGUGCCUACACAACUCAAGACUCACCUCAAAGAUCUGCCAAAACUUUUGGCACUACUAAUGAUAAAUCAGAUACUAACAGUUCCAAGAAACAUGAUAUCUCCAAGCAUGAACCAGUACAAAAUCUACUUGGCAGCCAUGCCCCUGAUGAUGUUCUUUAUCUUAUCUGUAAGUUAUGUGGUCAGACUUAUGGGAGUCCGUACAGUUUUAGGAAACAUUUCCGCAACCAGCAUGGUUUUGAACCUCGUCCCCACCACACAGUAGUCCAGUCAAUAUCUGCUACCAUAUCAUUAUUAAAAAGUAAACCUUCCGAUGGCAGCACCAUUGUUAAAAGUGAAGACUCACUUCAGACAAGAAAUAUUGAUGAUAGUCUUACUGAUAUUAAAAAGAUGAGCACUGAAGACAAGAAAUUUGCCAUGGAACUAUCUACCGCCAACAAUUCUUCAUUUAAGGAGAGUGAAGAAGAUGGAUUGUCUCAAAAUAGAAAUCUUCUUGAUAGUCAAAUUUCAGGUGAAGAAGAAACCAAGUUUCUUGAAUGUCCUGAAUGUGGUAAGCAGUUUCAACUAAAUGAUUUUGGAUCCUAUAAAAAACAUUGCCGGUCUCAUGAACGAAACAAACAUGGUGGAGCAAUUUCAGAAUAUGCAUUUGAAAUAUCGGCACCAAUGUGGAAACAUAAUCUACCUGCUGAUACAGAGGGGAGGCAGUGUUCUUCUGUACCCACUCCUGAAAGUAUAUCAAAAGAACGCUGUCCAUCAGACUCAGGCUCCAGUAUUUCUGUUGACCGUAUUCUCAGACCAAACUCUUAUAGUUUUGAUGCAUCAAAAUCAGAAUUAUCUAGCAGAUCACCAUCUGUUAGCUCUCAAAAUGAUACUGCUGAUGAGAAGUUAACUCUGCUCCCUUCUGUUGUAAACAUUAAACAUGAAAGUGAGGAAUUGUAUACAGAACAAUUAAGUAAACAGAGUAACUCAGAGUGGCGAAGGGUUAGCAUUAAAACUGAAGGGAAAUGCCAUGACUCUAAAGAAACAGAACAAACUGCUAGUGUUAGUGAAGACAAUUGGUAUCCAUCUGACGAUUCCAGCGAUGAACACCGGUUAAAAAUUGUUAUGUCUGAGCUGGAUGAGAGUAAUCAUGGAGUGUCUGUGAAAAAAGAAGAGGAGGCAGACAAACUGUCUACAGAUAAAGACUGCACUAUUACUGUUGACUCUUCAGAAAAUGUCUGUGAUCAAAUGAAUAAAUCAGAAGAGAAGGACGAUAACAUUGUGAACAGCAGUAAUUCCUCUAAAAUUUCAUCAGAUAAAAGACAAUCAGAUAGUAGUGAUGUAGGAUGUGACAAACAAACUGAAGAUACUGACAGUGAAAUGUUUACGUAUCGGCAUAAGAAAUUUCAAAAAUUUGGAACUCAGUUUAAACGAAAAGAUUGUAAAACAACUGAAUCCCAAAACUCUUCUGUUGAUAAAAAACGCCAGAAAUUCUCUGAAGUUGGAUGAAAAAUUCUAAUUCUUUAAAGAGAAUUUUUGUUUUGUUUUUGUUUUUUUAUUUUUUUAUACCUUUGUCACUGUGAAGGUAUGACAGGAAUUAACAGUGAUUUGGCACAUUGUUUUGUCAAUACUGGUUAAAUAACACAAUUCUAACAUCAAGUGAUGGAAAGACAUUUGUAACCAAAUUGUGAUGAUUAUGAAGAUGAUGAUGUUAAUAAUCAUAAUUAAUGAUUUGUUUGUUUUUGUUUAUACUUUUUCCCCCCAAAAGAAUUCUGCUAGAAUUGAUUUUCAACUACUGCCAGAGUGAUUGUGUAAAUCUCACCUUACAUCACAUUGUGAAUUUGUACAAAGAUUAUGGUUAGAUGUGGAGUUUACUGAACAGGAAUAUAAUGAAUUCCUUCUCAUAUUUUUAGUAUUGUAUCUGUUCUAAAGGUACCUUGUUGCUGAUCUUCCUCCUCCUUCUCCUUCCUUUUCUCUCUGCUCCCAGUCUCUCUUUACUCCUUUUUUUUUUAUGAUUUUUCUCUCCCAUCCAUUCCACCAGCUGCAUUUUCCUCAACUGUUUACUAUAAGUUUUCUUCUUUUUUUUUUUUUUUUUUUUUUUUUUUUUUUUAUCAUGAGGGAAAUGCUAGUUGUCUCAACAUAAAGUCACCAUAAUUCUUUCUGAAGGGAAAUAAACCAGAUUUACCCUGAAUCAUUAAAUCA